GAUAUUCCGAGAGUGAAACCAAUGGGCCUCGUACACGUCCUAGUUUUACCGCUGAAUCAUGUCGAUUUCGGGUUCAGAUAAGAAAAGCCCAAUUCGUAAAUCCAAAUGCCGAUAAUCGUGCUUUUCAAAAUCUAAGUGGGGAAUUGACAUUAAGUGAUGAAAUGAUAAGAUUUAGUGAAAUCGUAUGCAUAAAAAGAAUUGAAUUUAUUAGAGCAAAAUUAAUUAACAAAAUACCAUUAGGCAUUUGGCAUCCAAUCCCCAUAACAUGCGACAAGGCAGAGCUUCAGAAAACUGAAAACUCUUUAACAAAAUCACAAAAUUUAUCUAUUAUUAAUACUUUAGCUCCUUUUUAG